UGGCGGCCUCCGACCGUUAGAAAUUGCCUGCAACUCUAUUUUCACCCCCGGCUUCAUCCUCUUCACCAUCUAAGCAUGCUAAUGAGCGGCGGGAAAGGAUGCGAUCAACUCAUUGUCAGCAACCGUUUGUGCUCCGGAGCGAUCGCUAUUUUCGCAGAGGACAUGCAACGAGCAUGUGCAUAUCUACACUUGAGGGCCUGCUCCUGCGCGAUGCUUUAUCUUGUCCCGUAGCAUCACCAUUACUGCCUCCAGGAUGAUGUCCGUUCUUCUGAUAUCCCUCCUCCUCUCUACCUGCGCCACCGCCCUUCUCGGAGAUGCGCGGCUGGCGAGUACAAUAACCCACAGGACGAAUCAUGUCGCGGGCAAUCGGACCCUACAGUUCCAUCUGGGGAUGCAGAUACUUGCAAGGCAGUCGUGCCCGCAGACCCAUAAUAUUUGUAGUUCGGGCACUUGCUGUCCCAAGAAUUCGACCUGUUGCGCUGCCGGCUGCAUGGAUUCUCAGAACAUAUGCUGCGGAAGUGGUGCAUGCCCCCCUGGCAAUGGUUGUUGCGGACCAGCCUCGUGUCGUCCUCCGGGAUGGGACUGUUGCGGCAAUGAUGGCGACUUGUAUCCCACCGACGGCUCAGAGUGUUGCUCUGACGGUGGCUAUUGUGGCCCGGAGGAGUACUGCGGGCCAUGUAGUGAUGCAAGCGAUCAAGUCUGCUGCUUUCCCAAGGGAUCUAACCUGAUCUCAAGCUCGACAAUGUCCACUUCCCCAGCCGCAUCAAUAUCUACUGGAGGCUUAUACACAGUACCAGUGUCUCAGAAUGCUUCAGCCUUGGCCUGGUCCACCCGUUCGACGAUUUCAUCAUUGCCUUCAUCAUCUGUCUCUUCGACGACAUCCGAUUCGAGCUCUAUCCGCCCGCUUGAGGAUCCCGUACAUUACGGCAACUCUAGCACGCCCAUUGCAAGUUCAUGUACCGGAUGCACAACACCACCUCAAGCGCCAAUUGCAUCUGGACAUUCUACCACACACGCGGGAAGCCUACCAACUAUUCACAGCGGUGCAAACCUACGUCCGGUGAUCAGCCCUACAGCUGAUGAACCUUUGACCUCCACUUCAGAGAGUCGCACAUCCUCUCCUACCUACAGCACCGCCUCCGACUACACUAAACACCCCCAACAGCCAACUUUAGUUUCUGAGUCGAGCUAUAGUUCUUGGUCAAGCGUCUCGAAACACACAACCUCCUCGAAACAGACAAUAGGUGACAACCCAACAUACCCGGCGCGUCCAACAUCAGACACCACGACAGCACAAGCGCCGCCUCUAGCGAGCUCGGCUUCACAUGGCGCCAUGAUCGUAACUGUCCGUCCGACAUUCACCCAGAUCGAAAGCGCAGCUGCAUUGGCGUCGACAAGCAUGACCACGCCAGCGACCCAUGCACCGAGUGUGAGCCACCUCAGCACAUCUGCGCAACGCGAGGACGCAAAGGGAGUGAGUAUAGGCCGCGAGCAAGCGCACUAUAGUGCUGUCACCCUCUACAACCCUGAUCGGCUCCACGGUCAGACAGCAGAAGCCGCACACGACUUAUCUGGCACGACUUCAGUUUCUACACGUGCCACACAGACGCAGCUGGCAUCGCUGGAUUAUGACCACAAGCUGUCGCCGGUGACCAUGACCCAAUACACUGGCAACGCUGCCGACAGCACCGCCUCGGCUUUCGCCUUUUCGUACGUUGGCGCAGCUUCGAGGGCUGGUGUGAUGGAGCGUGGCCACUGGAACAUCCGGUGGUGGCUCGCAUUAGGCGGGUUGGCGGGCGUGCUCGCUGCGGGCCUCUAAGGCAGUUUUUGAUGACGAAUUCAUAUGAUUUACG